GUAAGUCAACAACAUCCUGGGAUUGGGACACACUUUCUGGGCACUGCUGGCCAGUCCCAAAAUGGAACAUAAGGAAGUGGUUCUUCUACUUCUUUUGUUUCUGAAAUCAGGUCAAGGAGAGCCUCUGGAUGACUAUGUGAAUACCCAGGGGGCUUCACUGCUCAGCGUCACUAAGAAGCAGCUGGGGGCAGGAAGCAUAGAAGAAUGUGCAGCAAAAUGUGAGGAGGAGAAAGAAUUCACCUGCAGGGCAUUCCAGUAUCAUAGUAAAGAGCAACAAUGUGUGGUAAUGGCUGAAAACAGGAAGUCCUCCAUAAUCUUUAGGAUGAGAGAUGUAGUUUUAUUUGAAAAGAAAGUGUAUCUUUCAGAGUGCAAGACUGGGAAUGGAAAGAACUACAGAGGGACGAUGUCCAAAACAAAAAAUGGCAUCACCUGUCAAAAAUGGAGUUCCACUUCUCCCCACAGACCUAGAUUCUCACCUGCUACACACCCCUCAGAGGGACUGGAGGAGAACUACUGCAGGAAUCCAGACAACGAUGUGCAGGGGCCCUGGUGCUACACUACUGAUCCAGAACAGAGAUAUGACUACUGCGACAUUCCCGAGUGUGAAGAGGAAUGUAUGCAUUGCAGUGGAGAAAAUUAUGAUGGCAAAAUUUCCAAGACCAUGUCUGGACUGGAAUGCCAGGCCUGGGACUCUCAGAGCCCACAUGCUCACGGAUACAUUCCUUCCAAAUUUCCAAACAAGAACCUGAAGAAGAAUUACUGUCGUAACCCCGAUGGGGAGCCGCGGCCUUGGUGUUUCACCACCAACCCCAACAAGCGCUGGGAACUUUGCAACAUCCCCCGCUGCACAACACCUCCACCAUCUUCUGGUCCCACCUACCAGUGUCUGAAGGGAACAGGUGAAAACUAUCGCGGGAAUGUGGCUGUUACCGUGUCCGGGGACACCUGUCAGCGCUGGAGUGCACAGACCCCUCACACACAUAACAGGACACCAGAAAACUUUCCCUGCAAAAAUUUGGAUGAAAACUACUGCCGCAAUCCUGAUGGAGAAAAGGCCCCAUGGUGCUAUACAACCAACAGAGAAGUGCGGUGGGAGUACUGUAAGAUACCGUCCUGUGACUCCUCCCCAGUAUCCCCGGAACAGUUGGAUCCCACAGCACCACCUGAGCUAACCCCUGUGGUCCAGGACUGCUACCAUGGUGAUGGACAGAGCUACCGAGGCACAUCCUCCACCACCAUCACAGGAAAGAAGUGUCAGUCUUGGUCAUCUAUGACACCACACCGGCACCAGAAGACCCCAGAAAACUACCCAAAUGCUGGCCUGACAAUGAACUACUGCAGGAAUCCAGAUGCUGAUAAAGGGCCCUGGUGUUUUACCACAGACCCCAGCGUCAGGUGGGAGUACUGCAACCUGAAAAAAUGCUCAGGAACAGAAGGGAGUGCUGUAGCACCUCCGCCUGUUGUCCAACUUCCAAGUGUAGAGACUCCUUCCGAAGAAGACUGUAUGUUUGGGAAUGGGAAAGGAUACCGAGGCAAGAGGGCAACCACUGUUACUGGGACGCCAUGCCAGGGAUGGGCUGCUCAGGAGCCCCAUAGUCACCGCAUUUUCACUCCAGAGACAAAUCCACGGGCAGGUCUGGAAAAAAACUACUGCCGUAACCCUGAUGGUGAUGUAGGUGGUCCCUGGUGCUACACCACAAAUCCAAGAAAACUUUACGACUACUGUGAUGUCCCUCAGUGUGCGUCCGCUUCAUUUGAUUGUGGGAAGCCUCGAGUGGAGCCGAAGAAAUGUCCUGGAAGGGUUGUAGGGGGGUGUGUGGCCAACGCACAUUCCUGGCCCUGGCAAGUCAGUCUUAGAAUAAGGUCUGGACCGCACUUCUGUGGAGGCACCUUGAUAUCCCCAGAGUGGGUGUUGACUGCUGCCCACUGCUUGGAGAAGUCACCAAGGCCUUCAUCCUACAAGGUCAUCCUGGGUGCACACCAAGAAGUGAAUCUCGAACCGCAUGUUCAGGAAAUAGAAGCGUCUAAGAUGUUCUCGGAGCCCACAGGAGCAGAUAUUGCCUUGCUAAAGCUAAGCAGUCCUGCCAUCAUCACUGACAAAGUAAUCCCAGCUUGUCUGCCAUCCCCAAAUUAUGUGGUCGCUGACCGGACCGAAUGUUUCAUCACUGGCUGGGGAGAAACCCAAGGUACUUUUGGGGCUGGCCUUCUCAAGGAAGCCCAGCUCCCUGUGAUUGAGAAUAAAGUGUGCAAUCGCUAUGAGUAUCUGAAUGGAAGAGUCAAAUCCACCGAGCUCUGUGCUGGAAAUCUGGCCGGAGGCACUGACAGUUGCCAGGGUGACAGUGGAGGGCCUCUGGUUUGCUUUGAGAAGGACAAGUACAUUUUACAAGGAGUCACUUCUUGGGGUCUUGGCUGUGCACGCCCCAAUAAGCCUGGUGUCUAUGUUCGUGUUUCAAGGUUUGUUACUUGGAUUGAGGGAGUGAUGAGAAAUAAUUAAUUGGACGGGAGACAGAGUGGAGCACUGACUCACCUAGAGGCUGGAAUGUGGGUAGGGAUUUAGCAUGCUGGAAAUAACUGACAGUAAUCAAACGAAGACACUGUCCCCAGCUACCAGCUACGCCAACCUCAGCAUUUUUUGUAUUAUUUUCUGACUGCUGGAUUCUGUAGUAAGGUGACAUAGCUAUGACAUUUGUUAAAAAUAAACUCUGUACUUAACUUUGAUUUGAGUAAAUUUUGGUUUUGGUCUUCAACAUUUUCAUGUUCUUUGUUCAUCCCACCAAUUUUAAAUGGGCAGAUUGGGGGGCGGGGGAAUUUAGCUGCUUUUGAUAAGGAACAGUGCACAAAGGACUGAGCAGGCUGCAAGGUCGCAGAGGGCAGAGCCGAGAAGUUGUCCACGCAUUUACCUCAUCAGCUAACGAGGGCUUGACUGCAUUUUUACUGUCUUUAUUCCCAUCACUGAGAUGAAUGUUUUCAAAGCUGCAACAUGUAUGGGGAGUCACGCGAACCGAUUCUGUUACCGGGAAUGAAAUCUGUCACUGACUGCUUGACUUGAGCCCAGGGGACACGGAGCAGAGAGCCGUAUAUGAUGGAGUGAACCAGUCCACGGACGUGUAACACAAGACCAGCUGAGAGUCUGAAUGUUGUUCUGGGGCACAUGUGAGUCUAGGAUUGGUGCCAAGAGCAUGUAAAUGAACAACAAGCAAAUACUGAAGGUGGACCACUUAUUUCCCAUUGCCAAUUGCCUGCCCGGUUUUGAAACAGUCUGCAGUACACACGGUCACAGGAGAAUGACCUGUGGGAGAGACACAUGUUUAGAAGGAAGAGAAAGGACAAAUGUAUACUUUUUACCAUUUAAAAUGUUGUUAUCAAACAAAAAUAUCCAUUCAAAAUACAAUUUAACAAUGCAACAGUCAUCUUACAGUAGAGAAAUGCAGAGUAAAGCAAAACUGUGACUGUGAAUAAAGGGUGAAUGUAGUCUCAAAUCCUCAAAGAGUUGUUUAUUUCAUUGACAAAUAGAUUAUUUGUAUUCAA